UCUUGAUUAUAUGAUUUGCGAUAUUCUGUUUAUUACUGAUUAUAUUUCUGCAGUAGUUGAUUCAAUGAUCUGAAGUGCUUCUGAACUGAAACUUCUAUCGGUACUCCUUUUUGUUUUUUUUUCUUGCUCCUUACGUGACGAUGAAAUGGUAUGAAAAUGUGAGCGUUUGAUUAGCAUAUGAGCCUGAAUCUUUUUCACUCAUUUUUUGACAAAACCUGAUUAGCAUUUCAUUCAGUUUAUGAAGUUGUCUGGUCUUGUAAUUAUAUUUUUGUGCUUUUUUUUUUGUGUGAUAUAGAGGAGGAUAUGUGAUAGUGAACUAAAAUAUCUCUCGGUCCUGUGUUUUGUUUUUUCUCUUGCUCAGUUUUUGAAAGAAUUUAAAUGAAGGGUUUUGCUGUCUAGUUUUUUUUGCUGUAAAGAUGAUUUGUUCAGGACUAGUGAAUAUUUGUUUAGCUGUAGGAGUCUUAAUUUUUGAAUUUUAUCCGAGCACAAUUCUUGAAAAAAUCGGAUGCUUUUACAGAAAGAUUGAAAUCGCGUUCAAUUUGUUUUCAACUAUUUGCAAUUUGUUUUUUGAUUAAAAAUUUGUUCUCUUUUUCUAUUCAUUUUUGCUUCCUGUUUCAUAAGUAAUUUGUUUUUCCGAAGUUUGAUGAUUUAUUGAUCUUUUUUGCCUAUGUUUUUUCUCGCUCGCGAUUUAUAUUUAUUUUUAUCCUUAAAUAAAAUAAAUAAAUAAAUCCUUGAUUUGUGCUGUGUUUGAAGUGUUUUUGCUGUAUUUGUCUUUUUACUGUGAUGAUGAAGUGAUAGGGACAUAUGAUCAAUUGAUUACUUAUAUGAAUCUGAAUCGUUGAUUUUUCCUUUCUGGAUCUUUGAAAACGUUUGUUCGAAAUUUACUUUAAUGAUUGAAAUUGACUGCUUUAUUUCAUUUUUCUCUUCAGUUUUGUGCCUUUGUUAGUUUGUUCGUCUUUUUUCUGAUUCGGAGAUUGUCUUUCGUUCCCUAAGUUUUUAAUUAGAAAGGUUAGUGAUUUUUUUCUAACUGAUUAGCUCAAAUAAGUAAAUGUUGAAAUCAUUUUUACUAGCUCUGUAAAUGUUAUCUAUUGAAUACCUGAUGUCCUAUUUCUUGUCAAUUGAUGCGUUUUUAAUAAGAAUUAUAUCGAAUGACUUUUCUACAGAAGCGGCUAAUUGUUCUGAUAAUUUAAUAGAUUUUUUGAAUAUAUGAUUCAUUGAUCUUAUAUGCUUAUGAAGUUUAUUUUGUUUGUCUCGCUGUUUUGUUUUUUUUUCUCUCCCAAAACUUGAAAAUAAUUAAUUCAUUGAUUAAAGCUGUCUGAUUGGUCUUUUUGUUUACUUUGAUUAUAGAGUGAUAGGGUUAUCUGAUCCAUUGAUUAGUGUAUGAUAUGAGUCUGAAUCGUUGGUUUUUUUCUUCCUUGAAAUUUUGUUUUAAGUUUUUUGCAAUUUAUUUUUUUCUUUGAUAACUUUCGAAUUAAAAUAAGUAAUUUUUAUUCAUUUUUGCGGUCUUUUUCUCAAGGUAAUUUGAAGACAGAUACUAUUUAAAAAACAUUAAAUUCGUUUGAUUUGCGUGCACGUGUAGUCAAUUCGCUAAGCUGUAAAUAAUAGCUUUCCUUGUUUUAACUAAAUUGUAUCUUUUGAUUUUUUUUUACCCUUGCGAUUAACAAGGACAUUGCAACCAUUUAGCAGAUUUUUUACGUGUAGAAAGUUUCUCAGGACUCAUCAUCUCUGACUCCCACGAGAAUAUACCUUUCGUCUUCCACAGACCCACUUUGAACAUGCUUCCAUCAUAAAUACGCUGUCUUGUUUGCUUAUAAUUUGUAAAUUAUCUUGGUUCUAACUCCGGUUUUAAAUAUUAUUCAAGUUUUUUUCCUUUUUUGUUUAGGGGGAUCUUUGGCUCAAAGAGUCUCGGUUUAUGUUAGUAGCCUCAUAUUGCGUAGUUUAGAUAAUGAUAUGAAAGUUUUGAUAAAAUACGAUUUUUUCGACUUAGCGACCUUGUCUUUUUUUGUCGGCUAGCUUACCAGAUAUGUUUGUGAUGUAUUGCAAAAGGUGCGAAGCUCUGCUUCGUCUCUGUAUUGAUAGUUGCAAUUGUGGAUUUUUAAGAUGCUCGAUUGCUUUCAAACGUAAAUUUUUCUUUGCUUCUGUUUGCGUGAUGAUUUAAUUUUCGGUCGCUGGCAAAAAACAUAUCAGCAUUUUGCCAAAAUUCGUUUUUUGUCGCAACUUUGUAUCUACGGCCAGUUUAUCGUCAAAUAUGGAGAUUGACGAUAAAACCAUGUGAAAAAAAAACUAUCUGAUUAAUUUGAUUUCCUUGGAAUUUACACUUUUCUCUAUUUUCUCUGUCAACUUAGUAUGGAAAGAGCAUGUUUUAUAUAUAGAUUGAGUGCUAAGUAGUGAUUGAGAAAGCUAAAAUGGACGACGGGGGAAAUUGUGAGAAAGGGGGAAGUUGCAAAUGAAGGGAAGAUCGAGUUACCCUGGCGCGGAUUUAAAGAGGGGUGCGGGAUCCAUUGUGGCGGGGGAAGUAGUGGGAGUGAUUUGACUUAGCGAGGGAGAGUCUCUCUCUGUAGUGGGAUUGGGCACUAAUAUCGGGUUUCCAUUUAGAUGCUGACUUAUUCCUUUUUGCCCCGAGUAGGCUCCCUUUAUUGGCUUUUAAUUAAUUCCCUGUGCCCCUUUUUUCUCUAAAUUUACUGUUCUUUCAUAAUUUUUUUAGUUUACAAGAGCAGUUGAUAAAAAACGAAAAUUGAGCGUUUGAAUGAGCGUACGAAAAAACGUUUGAAUGAGCGAAUUGCCAAAAGUUUCCGAGAGACAAUCUAUUAAAAACGGGUCAUUUGUCCAAUCUUUAUAUAUGCAAUUAAUUAAAUGGCGAAAUAUGAUAUUUUUAUUGUUCCGACUUUUUAAAUGUUUAGGGAAAAUACUCAAGGAAAGUUGAAAAUCCUUGUGAAGCUAGUAACGUAAGUUAUGAUACAUACAUAUUGAAUUCCGGCUGUGUUGAUUUUGAUGCCUAGCCAGGACUUCAAAACGAGUUGGUCCAAUUAACUUAACUAAUACUAAUCGAAUCAAUUGCUAGCUUACCUUAAUUCACAUCGUCUAAAUCUGAUUUAGUACCUGACUCGCGGCGCUGUGCUUAAGUAUACUUUCAAAUCUGAUUGCUGUUUAUGACUUAAUCAAGAGGGAAAAGUAUGUCGGAACGGACCUGAGGGCUAUUUAACUUUUGAUUAAAUGGCUGAACAAAUUUCGUGGGAGAGGGGGUGUCCUAUUUCCCCUUGCUAACAAAUCGAAUUGUUAAGUGCUGGCAGGAUUAUUUCCGUCACAUUUUUCCAUAUUGUUAUUGCAUUCCAAAUAAUUCUUUUCUUGACUAAAAUCUAUUCAACGCCAGGAUAAGAAAAGAUUCUGGGAUAAGAAGGUAAAUAAAUGCAACCGCUAUCUCCAAUUUCAUUGGCUAAUUGAAAGGAGCAAUUUCAUUCGUGCAAUUUCAUCCCUAUCGAAAUUGUAAUUAUUCUCAGGCCAAUCUGAGAGUAGCCUGACUUGAAUUUUUCUCGCCCUGAAAUAAAUGAAUUUCUGCUAAAUCGAAGACUGUGAUUGCCUGAACUAUCAGCGCAAUAGGAUAUUUCUAAUACUUAAAUUCCACACCCACGAAGUACCUUUCGACGAUAACAGACACCUUGGAAAGUCUACCCAACCGCUCAAAUGUACUCGAGCGUCUCAAAUACUCUUUUGCACCCAGAAUGCAACAGCGUCCAUAGUGGCGACAGAUCAGUUUCAGAAGUAUCAACUUCUAGUAGUCUCAACCACAAUUCUUCAGAUGUCGGAUCCAACUUUCAAAAUUCUUCCUCUUUCAAUCGACAGGUCUCGAGUUCAAAUCCGAGCCGUGUCGCUGCUUCAGACUAUUACGACCAGAAGCAAGCAAAUUGUCAGCUGCUGGGAGCUCUUACACACCAAGGUGCAAAUUUGGGCAGAGAAGGAAUUGCAUCAUUGUCGCCAGGUGUCUUUCACCAGACUUCUGCUUCGAUAAAUCCAUCAGAUUCAAACUCGCAUCCGUUUGCAGGGAAUCAGUUGCUUAGAUAUUCGGAGUCGGGAGUGGAAACGAACCAGGGGUUGUCGGCUUCUGAAGCAGAUGCGGCACGACAGCAAGACUUGUACGGCGGAACAUCCGAAGCUGAUCUCUAUUUUCAGGCGAAGAGAUUCAGAUCUAAUCCGAGUCAAGAAGUUCAAAUGGGGUACAGCAGUAGCCAAUCUGGUAAUUACGAUUUCAAUGAAGACAACAACCCGAAUAAUUGUGCUGAUCGAUCAUUCCUCCGGCCGAUUAACAACGGGACGAACCCCUCUUACUACUACUCCCCAAUAACUGCACUAGCCAAUAUCACUGUGAGCAGAAAUGACUCGCCGCCAAGUCAAGCAGCGAACCUGAAUAACGAGAAUAAAUCACAAGUCGGAAACAAUUUGCAGGGGGCGGAAAUGGAAAAUCUUGGACUUUUGGGGUCACUUCAGGAGAGAAGUUCAAGGCCGACUAGUCCCUUAGGGGGAGUGGGCUAUGACUCAUCGGCUAUAAUGGCAGCCAAUCAGAUGCUCCCGUCUCAGGUGUCGUCGCAGUAUGCACCAGGAGCGACCAGUAUGUUUCAACAGGCAGAACUAAUGGGAGGUGGAUCUGGUCUUAAACACGAACCACAUGAAAACUUUUCGUCCAUGCAAUACUACCCAUCAGUAUACUCCCAGCUGUUGGCUUCAGCUGCAACUGGUCAAACUGGAGGCCCCCCUGUGGCUUCAACUGGCACAGGAAGUGCCUCUGUGGUGGGCAUGUUUUCACCCCCUGGUAUGGUCCAACAGUACGCCCAUCCUAGUGCAGCCGCAGCAGCAGCUGCUCUCUAUUCGCCAUAUUCUGCUACAGGAGCGUCAGCUGGUGGACCUUUUGCAGGUAGUCCUGGUGUCUCCGACUACAUCUCAGCAUACCAUCAUUACUACUCAGCCGCAUACGGAGAUGCAGCUGCUACAGCCUAUGCUCUGAAUGCAGCUGCAGUUCCUUCCCCACUUGCUGGAUUUGGACACUCGUUGAUGGGGGGACCCACAACCAGGACGAGAGAGCCAUGUUACCUGAAGAAUCACAAGUACACUCUGAAGAAAUCAAAGAAGUGCUCAUCACCUGCGCCAGAUCAUAACUAUGAUAGAAUUUUCAUCUGGGAUUUGGACGAGACACUAAUUAUAUUUCACUCGUUACUGACUGGAACAUACUCUCAACGAUUUGGGAAGGACUCCGCCCGCGGUGUGCAGCUUGGGCUAGCAAUGGAAAGUCUCAUCUUCUCAGUGGCAGACAUGUCUUUCUUCUUCAACGACCUCGAAGACUGCGAUCAGAUCCACAUUGACGACGUCGUCUCAGAUGACAACGGAAUCGAUCUAAGCAACUACAACUUCGCUGCAGAUGGAUUCGUGUCGUCAGUCGCAGCAGCGGCCGCCGCUUCAGUAGGAGGAUCGGGAUCGGGAGUCGCGGGGUCUGGAUUGGGUAUCCCGAGUACCUCGAGUGCGGUGCGAGGAGGUGUAGAUUAUCUGAGGAAGCUAUCGUAUCGGUAUAGGAAGAUCAAAGAGAACUAUAAUGCGUACCGAGGACCAAAUAUCACAAGUCUGAUGGGAAGUAAGAGAGAGCAGUGGCUUCAGCUGAGAAGCGAAAUAGAACAGUACACUGACAACUGGCACUCCUAUGCAUUCAAAGCACUCAACCAUAUCUCAUCCAGGUGCAACCAGGUCAAUGUGUUGGUGACCACGACUCAACUGGUCCCGGCAGUUGUAAAAGUCCUCCUAUACGGACUCAGCGGAGUUCUAGACAUCGACAACAUCUACAGUGCGUCCAAAAUAGGCAAGGAGGAAUGCUUUGAACGAAUUAUACAGAAGUUCGGACGGAAGUGCAGCUAUGUAUGUGUUGGCGAUGGUAAAGACGAGGAACAGGCAGCCAAAGUACUCGACAUGCCAUUUUGGAGAAUAUCCAGUCACCCAGACUAUAUUGCGAUGUUGCAAGCUCUUGAGUUAGAUUAUAUGUAAUUUAUAUGGAAGAUAUAAACGAUGAAUAUC